CAUGGCGUUUACUGCAGUUCUCGAGAUUCUUGAUUUUAAGGGACUACUGCUUUUCAUGGUGGCUUUUCUCUUGGUGGCAGACUACGUGAAGAACAGAAACCCACCAAAUUUCCCACCAAGCCCUUUCUCUCUUCCAUUCCUAGGAAAUGUCUUCAACAUUGACUCCAAGGAGCCACAUAUAUAUCUGACAAAGCUAGGACAUGCCUACAACAACAUAUUCAGUCUGCGAUUAGGAAGAGACAAAGUCAUCUUUAUCACUGGUUAUAAACUAGUGAAAGAGGCCCUGGUGACUCAAGCUGAAAACUUUGUGGAUCGGCCCUACAGUCCAGUGCUGUCGCGAGUCUAUUCGGGCAAUGCUGGACUCUUCUUCAGUAAUGGUGAAAUGUGGAAGAAGCAACGGCGCUUUGCUAUGUCAGCACUGAGGAACUUUGGAUUGGGAAAGAAAACAAUGGAGCUGGCCAUCUGUGAAGAGAGCCGCUUCUUGCUAGAUGAGAUUGACAAUCAGAAAGGAGCUGCUUUUAACCCAGGAAUCCUGCUCAACAAUGCUGUUUCCAAUAUCAUCUGUCAACUGGUGUUCGGCCAGAGAUUUGAUUAUGCAGACCACCAAUUCAGGACAAUGCUAAAAUAUAUAUCUAAAAAUAUUCAAAUAGAAGGUUCCAUUUGGGGCCAGCUCUAUGAAGCAUUUCCAGCCAUUAUGAAGCAUCUUCCUGGGGCGCACAACGACAUGUUCAGUAACUACAAAUUAUUGCAAGCCUUCGUUAAAGACGUUGUUGUCAAACACAAGGCCGAACUAAAUCCCUCAGAGCCUCGGGACUACAUCGACAGCUUCCUAAUUGAAAUGAUCCAGAAGCCACACGAAACAACAGAUGGUUUUGAUGAAGGGAACAUUGUUCCAUGUGUUCUAGACCUGUUUCUAGCCGGGACCGAAACUACAUACACUACAUUGUGUUGGGGUCUUAUAUACCUCAUCACUUAUCCAGAAGUACAAGAAAAGGUCCAGGAGGAGAUAGACAGAGUGAUUGGACGCUCAAGAGAGCCGAGUACAGCCGACAAGGCCAACAUGCCCUACACUGAAGCUGUCCUUCAUGAGAUCCUCAGAUUUGGAGACGUUGUACCAAUGAAUGGCUUGCGGGUGGCUGACAAAGACACAACCAUCGGCGAGUGCUUCAUCCCAAAGGGAACAGCAAUUCUACCCAUACUGCACUCUGUUCUCUUUGAUGAGAACGAAUGGGAGACACCCCACAAGUUUAAUCCUGGACACUUUUUAGACAAGGAGGGCAAGUUUGUGAGGCGGGAUGCAUUCAUGCCCUUUUCUGCAGGAAAGAGGGUCUGUUUGGGGGAGCAGCUCGCUAGAACGGAACUCUUCCUCUUCUUUGUCAUUUUAUUCAGAAAAUUUAGAUUUUCAGCCGCAGAGGGUGAGAAACUCAACCUUGAUGGAGUGAUAGGAGUAACGCGCACCCCACACCCCUUCAAGAUCCAUGCUACGACACGCUGAACAACCCAUAGCAUAUUUACAAUGGCAGUUCUUUUAUAAAAAUAAAUCCACAUUACAAAAAUAUGUAUAAUACACAUAUUAAUUAAUUUGACAUCGUGUCUAUUUAACAUGUCUAAGAAAACAGAUCAGGGGAGAUUAUGGCCUUUCUUUUGCAGACUCGCUUCUUGUUUGAUUAACGGGUGGACAGAAUACAUCUUAAGUUCCCACAUCAAACCUGCAAAAACCUGCCUAGUUUACAAAAGCUAAUAGUGUUGGAUGAACAUUGCCCUAGAGGGAAAAAAAGGGAGAGAAAAGGUCGACUAGUUAAAAAUUAUAGAAUCAGCUACCUGUUAGCACUGAUUUGAAUGGGGUAAAUGGAGAUAAAGUUCAAGUUAUUAAGGUUGCAGAUAAUGAUAUUAGUCAGCAAACAUACGCAACAUUUUUAUGUAAUAAUAAACAAUGUUGAAAUCCA